CCCUUUGCAUCCUUUCGCCUGCUGCGGAGAAGAAACCCUAGCCGACAACCCCCGCCGAGAUCUCCAGGAGGAAACCGGCAAAGAUGGUGAAGUUCCUCAAGCCCGGGAAGGCGGUGGUCGUGCUGCAGGGCCGUUACGCCGGCCGGAAGGCCGUCAUCGUCCGGAACUUCGACGACGGCACGCGGGACCGCCCCUACGGCCACUGCCUCGUCGCCGGGAUCAAGAAGUACCCGGCCAAGGUCGUCAAGAAGGACUCCGCCAAGAAGACGGCCAAGAAGUCGCGGGUCAAGGCGUUCGUGAAGCUCGUCAACUACCGCCACCUGAUGCCCACCCGCUACACCCUCGACGUCGACCUCAAGGACGCCGUCGCCGUCGACUCCCUCCAGAGCAAGGACAAGAAGGUCACCGCCGCCAAGGAGGCCAAGAAGCGGCUCGAGGAGCGGUUCAAGACCGGCAAGAACAGGUGGUUCUUCACCAAGCUCAGGUUCUGAGUCCGGUCCGUUCGUGGGACGGUGUCGGGUUGGGGCAAGAUUCGAUUUUUGAUCCCUUUUUGUUUUCGAUACGUGGAUCGAGCGAACGAUGAAUGAGGCGAGCCUGGAUUCGAGCUGUAGUGGGUAAUUUGGAGCUUGGACAUCUCAUUCAAUCUUGAAAUGUGUUAUUACUGCUAAUGUUUUAGUGUUGGAUCUGUUCCGGGUUGAUAAUGUUUUUUGCUGUGACAGUUUUCUAUAUGGGCAAUAGUUUGACUCGGUGCAGAAGUGAAAUCGAUAUACUCAUUGCGGUCA